CAUAUCUAGCCGUUACGAAAAACACAAUUGUUCUACUUUUUAAAAUGACAUGACCGUUGGGUUCUCAUCAUCUCUUUAUCAAAAUCACCGAAUCUCUAACACUUAUUUCUGUUCAGCUCUGGGUUUUCGUCCUUCAUUUCUCUUCAAGAAAAAACAGAGGCAUCAAUGGCUGGAGAUCUUGUUUUUAACUCUGAAGAAAUGGUGAUCGACAAGGGACUAGGGUACCCAAAGGCCUAUGCCAAGAUCUGUAAAGAUCGAAGUUUUGGCCCCUUCAACCGCGGCCCUCCUUUCGCUUUCACUCCCUAUUCUCUACCACAGCAUGAGGUUUUGAGAGCCAAGGAAUUGGAUGACAUGUUCCCGAUCAUUGAUCCGAAUGCACAACCCAGUACAAAGCCGAAGAUUUUCCUGUCUCUUUUGUGGAAGCAACUCAACCACCUCGGGAAUGCAGGGUUUGAUCCUGAAGUAUUUCGAGUAGACUCAUAUGGCAAUGUUCUGUAUUAUCAUGCUGAUUCAGCUUCACCUCUAGCAUGGGAAAUUGAUCACUGGUUUCCUUGCUCCAGAGGAGGACUAACUGUUCCAAGCAAUCUGAGGAUAAUGCAGUGGCAAGCAUGUAAGAAAAAGAAUCAUAAGCUGGAAUUUCUUAUACCCUGGUGGGAUCUGCAAGUUGGUAUAUCCAUAAACCAGUUCCUGUCCAUCUUUGCUAUAUCAAAUUCAGAUUUCAGGCGUAGAGCAUUUUCAUGGUUGUUUUCUGAAGGCGAAAAUGAAGAAUUGAAUGCCUCACAAACUGUUGAUUCGCAUGUUUUUCCUCCUCAUUUUGUUGAAUCGCAAGAAAAGAUUGGCCUAGCUCCAGCUGCUGUUGUUCUAAGUCGAAGGGAGUCUUUUGAUUCUUCCUCUACUCUGAAAUCCCUGGAUAUAAAUAGAAGACCAAGAUCAAACACUCCUAUUGUAGCUUACAAAAGAUCAAAGGCGGAUUUGAAAGAAAAUGAAGAUCCAGGCAUGGUGACCAAUCCAUACCAGGCUAUUGUAAUGGCUAGAGAUUCUUUAAGGAACAGAGAAGAGACUUCAAAAAUGCAGGCAGAAAUACAGAAAUUAGAUGAUGAAGUGGGUGAAUUAAAACAGAAGACUGAGGAGGAGAAAGCAGCCGUAGAAGAAUUGGAGCUAGUCCUAAUAAAGAAAAGGAGGAGAGCAGAGAAAUGUCGACGACUAGCUGAGGCACAAUCUUCUUAUAGAGCUAUGCUAGAGAAGAUGAUUCGAGAUGCCAUGCACCAGAGUGUUGUGUACAAAGAACAAGUGAGGUUGAACCAGGCAGCAGCUAAUGCUCUUAUGGCAAGACUUGAAGCUCAAAGAGCAAUUUGUGAUUCUGCAGAGAGAGAGCUACACAAGAGAUUCAUAUAUAGAGAUGAACUCGAGCAACAGAUAAGACCUGAGUGGGACCAAACAAGAAAAAGAUCAAGAAUGGAUGAAUUUCCAGAUGAAGAGGGAGAUGAGAAGACUCUUCUCUGUCUUCCUGGCAGCAGCUCAAGGGCAGAAUUAGAGAAAGAUGAUCAGAGAGUUCUAUGCUUGCCAGGGAUUAAGUCCAAUGACAGUAUGCAUAAGGAACUAAGAGUAUUUUUGGACGAGGAGCAGAAAGCAUACGAGGCAAGACUAUCUCUAAAUGGAGGACAAGAGAAAGAAAUACAAAGCGACAAUGCUAUUGUGCAGGCAAAGGAUGAGGAUCCAACAGAGGAGAAGAUUCAAAACAUAGAAAUACAAGAAGGGAUAACAUACAAAGCCGGGUUUCCCACUUUUCAUGAAGCUGAAAGAGAGGAGGAGGACGACGAGAGCAGAAAGCAACGUGGGAAAGGAAAUGUUGAAAAAUGGCUUCAGUUGCUUUUGGAUAACUCCCAAGAACCUACCAAUUUUGGUAUUCAGAAUGCUGAUGAGGAGAACAAUAAUGGUAACAGAACUCUUAAUCCAGGAGAAGAUGAAACUAAUGAGAUUGAUGGCACGAUAAGAAAGCAGAAUAUCAAAUACCCACAGAACGAGAUGAAGAAAUCAAGAUCAGAGGAGUCAGAAAUAGCUGAGGAUGUGAAACAGACGCAGAAAGCUGCCAAACAGCAAGAAGAAACAAAAAGAGAGGAAGUUGUUGAAAUGGCAGCCAGGAAAUCAUCAUUUUCAAAAAGAGAAAUUGGGAAAAAAGAAGAAAGAAAUGAGCUUAAAGGUCAAAAAACACCAUCCAGGAAUCCUCCACCCUACAAAUUAAUUCCAGAAAGAAGGAGAGCCAGUGAUGUAGGUUCUGCUUCUAAGGGAGUAGUAGGGAGAUCUAGCAGCUGUGAAAGAACUGAAAGGAAGAGCGAAAAGGAAAAGGAAAGGGAACUCUUGAGGUCUGACAGUGCCAGGUUGUUUAGGCGUAUCCCGUCUUCCCCAUCUCUCCUCUUGAGUGGCAUGAAAAAGAGAGUGGAUUGCAUAAGGAAGAAGCCCUCAGUUGUUGGUGAUGAUAGCGAUGAAGGUCGGGUAGGAGGUAACGGCUUCAUAAGAUCAUCCAUCAAAACAAUCAAGAGAGCAGUGAAGAUGUAGGCCCUGAUACAUAGAACUAAGUUCAUAUAGUUUGGUUGUUAUUGCUAGUGAGUGUUGGCUACCAAAAUGAGUGUGUGAAUGGUGCGCGCUUUAUUUCUUUGUAUAAUAGUGUACUAUUAUUCUUUUUGAAGGAUUUGUAAUAACAGCUUGUUGUUUGACGUAAAGAUCUCUUUAAAAUGGCUAUCCCUUUGGUGUUUGAAAAGGAUAACAUGUCCGCUUAUGUUUUAGUAAGACAAAAUUAGAUCGUGCAGAAAAAUAAGAGGAAAGGUUUCUGGCACAAUUAUUUCCGUCAACAAUUUUGAAAAGACGAGUAGUUUUGUUUGUUUU